CAUUAUUUUGCACAAGACAAGUCGCAAUGUAAGCGUGUGGCGAAAGGGCUGUUUAGAUUUGGAAGCGACAAAACGACACCAUCGGCAGAGACAGAAAGAAAUCCCCGUUGGUAGGUUGGGCCAGUUGGGCGGUUAUGUAGGUGUUCUGUAUGGUUCUGUGGUCAAGUGUGCGCCGCACUUGACAUGUCAAGCGACGUAUGUUUUUGUUUAGGCCAACCUGCGAGGAGCAUCCCGCCGAUCGCUCGAGUCUAAAAUGUUGGAGCCACGACUCUACGUGUUGUGUGGGCAUCUUGCCUAUUGUUCCUGAGAGCCGCAGACUUCCGAAAACGCCGGGGAAGCGUCGAGGCGGCCUAUCGGUCGGCCAGCCGGACCGAUUCCAACGGGAGGAUAUCCUGUCUCUUUGAUCGGUCUUGAAGCGAGCGCCGAUAAAUACCACGAUGCCCGGUAUAAUGAGCGUCGACGAGUUUGUCUCCGAAACGCAGGAGGACUACAACUCGCCGACCACGUCGACUUUCGUCGGCAAGAUGAACCACUGCCGCCAAAGUGUUAAUCUACUCGAAGAGACACUUGAUUUUGAUCGGGAUGGAUUGACGAAGAUGAAAAAGGCUGUGAAAGCAGUUUACAACAGUGGAAACACUCAUGUCGACAACGAAGUAUACCUUUCCAAGGCUCUCGAAAGGCUGGGUGCCAAUGCAGUCACAAAAGAUCAAGAGCACGACAUUGGUGCUGCAUUUCUCAAGUUCUCAGUGGUGACGAAAGAGCUUUCAGCCCUUAUGAAAACUCUGAUGCAAAGUUUACACAAUAUUAUUAUGUUUCCCCUGGACAACUUGUUGAAAGGCGACUUAAAGGGCGUUAAAGGAGACCUCAAGAGGCCAUUUGACAAGGCAUCUCGAGAUUACGAAGCCAAGUCGUCUAAAAUAGAGAAAGAGAAAAAACAGCAGGCCAAAGAAGCUGGCCUAAUCAGGACGGAGAUAUCACCCGCUGAGAUUGCUGACGAAAUGGAGAAAGAGAGGAAAAUGUUCCAGCUGCAGAUGUGUGAGUAUCUCAUCAGAGUGAAUGAAAUCAAGACCAAGAAAGGAGUGGAACUGUUGCAACACCUGGUUGAGUUCUACCAUGCACAAAACAACUUCUUUCAGGAUGGGCUCAAGACAAUUGGUCACUUCAACAACUACAUUAUAGAACUGUCAAGCAAGCUGCAAAAGCUCAGGCAGAAGCAGGAUGAGGAGCGGAAGAAACUCGUCGAGCUUCGAAACACACUAAGGAGUUCACCCUCCCUGGAUAUCAAAGAUGUUAGCUCCAUUGGCUACAGCUUACAUCAGCCACAGGGGAACCAACAUUAUGGCUACACGAAGAUUGGCUACUUGCUUAAGAAGUCUGAUGGUAAAAUGCGCCGUGUCUGGCAGAAAAGGAAGUGUGAAGUGAAGGACGGUUAUUUGUACAUAUCUCACUCUGAUGAAACAAAACCUCCUACAAAGCUCAACCUUCUUACGUGCCAAGUGAAGAGCCUACAAGAAGAAAAGCGUUCCUUUGACUUAAUUUCCUAUAACCGAACAUACCACUUUCAAGCUGACGAUGACUCAGAAAUGGAAGCGUGGAAAGCAGUGCUGGUCAACUGCAAGGAAGGAGCCCUUCGCAAGGCAUUCACAGAACCAGGGCAGGCUGGCGGUGGCAUGGGGAAUCAGAGUCUCCUGGAGUUUCAGCAGUCCAUCAUAAGACAGGUGCAGCAGUUGCCUGGCAAUGACCGCUGCUGUGACUGCAACUCAACGAAAGAUCCAACAUGGUUGUCCACAAACUUUGGAAUUUUGACCUGCAUUGAGUGUUCAGGAGUACACAGAGAGCUUGGUGUGCACAUCUCCAGAAUACAGUCACUUACACUCGACAACCUAGGAACAUCACAACUCUUGCUGGCAAGGGUAAUGACAAACAAUGGUUUCAAUGAAACAAUGGAAGCAACCAUGACACCAUCCAGAAAACCCACCCCUACCAGUCCAAUGGAGGAGCGGUGUGAAUUCAUUCGGGCCAAGUACGUAGACCGCAAGUUUGCCGUGCGGACCUGCUCAGACGAGAAUGAUCUUCUGCACGACUUGGAGCAUGCUGUCACAGCCAGGCACCUCUAUCAGCUUCUACAGGCCUUUGCAGAAGGGGCCAUUCUCACCGCAGUGCUUCCAAAUUACAAAAAUACAGCAGACACUGCGCUUCAUGUGGCUGUUGCCCAAGAAGAUGGCACCUCCCUUCACAUCGUGGACUUUUUGGUUCAAAAUAGCCCCUGCCUGGAUGUCCACAACAAGGCGGGCAACACUCCUGUGCACACUGCAGUGCUGCACAACCAGACUGAGUGCAUCAAGCUGCUGCUUCGAAGUGGGGCUGCUGUUGAUGUCAAGAAUGCAGACAACAAGACCCCACUUGACCUGGCCAAAGAGAGAGGCUACCACACUUGCCUUGAGCUGAUUGAGCAUGCACUGCAGAACAAGAAAACGCUUUUCGAGAAUGUCAGCAUUGACUGGGGUCUGACGCAAGAUGAUGGGUCAACAGACUUCAGCGAUGAUGACUAUCCAGAAGAUCGCCUCACAUCAGACUGGAAAAGGUCCCGGCCUUCGAGCGUUAUCAGCAACGAGUCGACACGCCCGGAAUCUGCAAGUCCUCAGCCUUGUCCUAGGCCACCACCCCCUCCGCCUCAGAAUCGCAAGCCAGUCAUUCCAGGUCUCAAUGCACAUGGCUCCAUGAAGAAACGUGCAGCCCCGCUGCCACCACCCUCGACAAGCCUGCAGUCGUCUAGUCAUUCGCGCACUCCCUCCGACCCAUGUUUCUCUCAGAGUGCCCUUGGUCUGGUGCACAAGCGAAACCCUUCUGUGGACCUUGCCUCCAGCUCUUCAGUUGAUUCCUCCUUUGAUCAAGUCAGCUCAUCGAACCCCUCCACUCUUGGGUCAAGUUCGUCCCGGCAAAACCUGUCCCAGGGAUCAGAUGUGCUGAAAGGAACGGAGGAGCGGCCCAACUACAGCACCUUGCAACGACCCAAGUGCCCUCCACCUCCAGCUCCAGGGCCUACUGCAUCAUCGGCUGCCUGCAACAGCAUCAGCAGUGGUGACCCUGUUGGCAGCAGCAAUGGCCGUCUGCUGGAUGUGGCCUUGCUGUCGAGUGGGAGCGGUGCAGCUGCUACAGAGGUGCCCGUGCCACCACCACGGAAGGUGGGCCACGCCCUUGUUCACCUUUGGUACACUGGACUCUGUCCCAGGCCCUCUGCUGCCAAGAUGCCCCCUGCAAGAAAACCUGCGGACAGUCAAGGUGAUCAGCAGUGCCCCAGUGAACGCAUCGCCACAAAAGCAAGACGCCGGUGUCGUGCGCUCUACGACUGCUGUGCCGACCAGCAAGACGAGCUGUCAUUCAGUGAAGGUGAAAUCAUUGUCAUCAUCAGCGAGAUCACAGAGGAUGACCAAUGGAUGGAAGGAAUGAUUGAGGGGGAACCGCAGCGCAGGGGAGUUUUCCCAACCAGUUUUGUUCAUAUGCUGUCAGAUUAGUGAAAGGCAUACACAUGCCUCUCAAGUGAGAUUAGCACUGUUGCUUCUUUGUCGUGGUCUUCGGAGCACUGGCUAACUGUGCUUGCAUAUAGUCUUUAGUAACUUCAAUUAUCCAGUCUAGAGAUGAGCUGGUAAAAGCUUUGAUUCACUUUUGUCUUAUUUCAUGCAUUUUCACUUUCAGCAGGUUUGUUGAAAUGUUUGGAAGAUUCCACUAAUUGUUUUUGGAGGAACUAGGCGAACCUUCAAGUGAGCAUUCAGAUCAUAGCCAGGUUUUGUAAAUUCAAAUCUGCCAGACAAAAAUAAAACAUGCUGGGUCCAUGCCUCGAUGACAGAGAAAAAGAGUAAUUUGAUCUGAAAUGACUGUGGAAAACAAAUUCUACAUAAAUGAAUGAACUGGAUCUUAUCCCAAAGGCACACCCUUGUUUCUGCCACUUUUGUAAUUGUGAAAGAGUUUUCACAUUAUAAACACACCAAUACUUAUGUAAGCUGUAUCUUUUCUAAACUUGAAGUUGACUCAUGGUCUUAAAACUUCCAAGUGUGGCCAUUUCAGUUCGGAGGUUUGUUCUUGUGAUGGACACUUUCUUUGACUGCCUUCUUAAGCUGUGUUGCCAACUUUAGUACAAGAAAUUUCAAGCAUUUGCUUUGUACAGAAUUAAUUGCUUCACAUCUGUGAAUAUCUUUAUGACUUUCUGCAACCUUUUCGAUUUCCUCUGUUAAUGCAGCCCAGAAGAUGUGAGAGGCACAUAAGUUGCCUUUACAUGCCAUCGUGUCGAGACAGGUAAAAAGAAUUAACAGUGCUUUGCUUUCACUCAGUUAGUCCAUUCAGUGGUGUAAGUUGGGGUCACACAAGAAACAAGGAGUUGGCCUCUGCCCAUGCCAUAGGCACAGCUGCUACGGAGUGUGGCAAAGCACACACACUGCACAGUCCAUUACGGCACAAGGUUGAGGACCCUGCAAGUGCUUGCACCUCUGCGCCUUCUGCUGUCAAAAGCUGAGCUUUUAUGGAAGUGCUUUCUUUUGUGCUAACAAGCAUGUCGAUUCUUUCCCACAACUUGGCUGUUUUUGUAUUGUUACAGUGAAACCUUCACUUCAGCAGCCAGUACAGUGUGUUUCUGAAGCUCGUUGCAGUAUCAGUAUCAACCCAGCAGCAUAUAAGCUCCUUGCCUCUUCCAGCUGUAGUGUUGCUGCCAAGUCAGAAACACAUUGUGCCAUCUGCCACAACAUGAUUCGUGCAACAGCAAAAAUACAGAACAGUCAGGCAGUGUGGAAGUGCAGACAUCCCUGUAAGCACCAAGAAAUACACUUCUGUCCACAAGCUCUCUUCUCAACAGCAGCUGUUACAUCUAUAAAAAGGCAUGGGGGUUGUUUGUAAAACACUGGCUUUUUCUGCAAACUUUUGCUACCGGCUGUAUGUUGUAAGGUGUGUUUCGAUUUAGCUUGAACUGCAAGUGGCAUCUUUGCCUCUUUCGUGAAAAGCCAAAACAAAUAUGCCGACUUUACUAUUUAGUGUCUUCCAUGUGCACUGUGUAGUAUUUGUCAUUACACAUACAAACUCCCUGCGGCUGAACAUGUGAUCCAAAGUAGUAAGUUAUGAAAUGGCUUUUCUUUGCCCUUCUGCAGGCUUUCCUGUUAUCUGUCACAGUUGAUGGAGAUUUUGUGAAAUGACCAACUCUUAUUGCACAAUUCACUGGGCUUAUAUAUUGCAUUUGUAAUUACAAAAAACCAUUUUCAGUCUUUUUAAACUGUUACAUGUUUUCGAUACAUGUUUUUAGGUUGUUAUAUGUCUUGAAAUCACGACACAUUUGCUAUCUGGCUUGUGCAAUGUUAAGAGCAUCUAUAGCAACAAUGCCAAUGGUUAAAAAGAAGAACAUCAGUUUCAAAGUGUGCAUACUUUGAAAUUGCGUGUUCUGCCAUCAUGAAAAUUUCCUCAAUAAUUUUAUAACAGAAAUUGCUAGGACGCAUUUGUCUUAAAAAAUUACAUGGACACUUUGUAUCCUGCAGCUGGAGGUAUCUUCUGAUAAAUAAGCAGUUUUCACAGUCUCUGCCAUUUGGAGUUCAGUUCCUUAUGUAGGAAAAAUAUGUUGUGCUCACAGUAGUCUUUGAUACAGUAAUGGUAAUAAUGAAACUGGGCUAGUGCUAGCCACAACCUCACCAUGUUAUACAAACAGCUUCUGCUCAUAUGUUGUAUAAAACAGUGCAUGUUUCUGUGCCAACAGCACACAACAUUUAAGAAUAUUAACAAAGAACAAAGCAUAAUGUACAUAGUGCUGGGAUAAAAAGUAGCAUAGAAGAACAUUUUAUUAUAGCGGUACUAUAAAUAUAAACUGCUCAAGGAUAUGAUGGUUAGUCAGAUACCUGUACAGGGUGUUUCCAGAGAACUAGAUGUGACAAUUUUGUGUGUUCUUUAUUCUACUUUCGUGCCUGGAUCCCUUUUUUUUUUUCACCUUCACUGCCUUCCUAAACUUGCACAUAAAAGUAUUGUUCCACUCUCUACAACAGAGUUUAGUGCAUUCAUCCUUUAGCUAACAGUCAGCAUGUGUUGCUAUAAUUAAGUGGUUGUGGCAGCUGGCAUAUAAUUUAAAUCAGCAUGCAAGACCAAUUUAGGGCCUGUUUUACAUCAGCUUCUUGGGCCCAUAAAGUUGUGGUUUUCAACAAAAGAAGUCAAUGUCGGUUACAAGAGUGUCAUUCUUACAUUUUUUCUAGCUUUUAUUCUCUCUGUGCUUCCUUUACAACUUAAAAAGAAUUCUUGCUCUUUUUUUUUUUCUAUUUUCUUAGCACUGUCAAUCGGCUCACACUUUUAUCGGUGAGCUUUUACUCGACUAUUUACAGCCAGCAUAUUUGUCGAACUAAACAGUGACACUUGUGCAGUUGUACUUCGGAGGGUUGCAUGCAAACAGUGCUGUUUGAGCAUGUUGAAAAUAUCUUUUAUUCAUCCUCCUAUUGCUUCAGAAAACAUUUAGAAGUUGCAGAAAGGCAGAAGGAAAAACAGCUGUAGUAAUAGUUUGAUGUACUUCUUUCUACACAGUGGGUGUAGUUCAUUGUAAGCUCUAUGUCAAACUGUGAGCUCUGAAAUUCGUAUUAUUAGUAGUCUGAAUGCCAUUGGUCACGCCGUAAGGCAGGGCCAUGAAUACAAAUUUCAGAUCUUGGAGCUUUGCAGUAGGAAGCAUUGUAACAUCAUUCAGCUGCCUUUUCUUUUUCGUGCUAGGUGCAUGUGUCGUGUCCUUGCUACUUGUUUCAAACAAACCAAAAACUAGUUUUAAACUAGCUCAGUUCUUGUUGUUAAGAAUGAGCACUACUAAGCUUUCAGGCCACUAACCAAGUUCGUAUGUACAAUGUUUUGAAUUCCUACAGGAAUAACACACCAUUGUCUCCAAUUGUAGUGCAAGUGAUGACUUGUUAAAAACUGUGAUGCAAGUACAAGUAUGAAACAUUCUAGUCUGAACAAAGAUAAAGAUGUGUGUGGCAUGUUUUACUCUUUCCUGCACAGUCUCUCACAUACAUGCAUGCACACACAUACACACAUAUAGUGUGUGUGUAUAUAUAUAUAUAUAUAUAUAUAUAUA